CGCAGCCAUGGCCGAGCAGCGCGGCGACCUGGAGGAGCGGAUCCUGGCCAAGGACCAGCACACCAAGGAGAUCGACCUGGUGAACCGCGACCCGCGGCGCAUCAACGAGGACGUGGUGAAGGUGGACUUCGAGGACGUCAUCGCCGAGCCGGCGGGGACGUUCAGCUUCGACGGCGUCUGGAAAGCCAGCUACACCACCUUCACCGUGAGCAAGUACUGGUGCUACCGGCUGCUCUCGGCCGCCCUGGGCGUCCCCCUGGCCGUGCUCUGGGGCUUCCUCUUCGCCCUCAUCUCCUUCUGCCACAUCUGGGCCGUGGUGCCCUGCAUCAAGAGCUACCUGAUCGAGAUCCAGUGCGUGGGCAGGAUCUACUCCCUCUGCAUCCACACCUUCUGCGACCCGCUCUUCGAGGCCCUCGCCCGCGUCUGCGGCGGAAUAAAGGUGUCCCUGCGCAAGGAGCCCUAGUGCCGGGCCGGGGGGCCACCGCCGCCCCCCGCCACCCCGGGCCCCUCCGCUCCCCGUCCCCGUCUGCCCCGAGGAGCUGCUGUCGCGGCAGCCCCCGCGCGAGGCCGCAGCGCGUGUGCGGGGCGAUUGCAAAGAAUAAAGGUGUGCACCGCGUGUGCCUGCAUGCGA